AUGCAGAAGACAGCAGCACAGAAGAGCUUGGAUAAAUUGUCUUCACAUAUAUGGUUCAACCCAACAAACGAUUCCUACCUGCACAUUGGCAAAUUAUUUUGCCCAUCAGUAGCAGCCGCCGUGACCAAAUCAUCUCUGGACACUAACUCAACACUGGAGAGCUUCUUCAGAAUACUAUUUUUCAGGGAUAUACCACAGGAUGAACUCUCAAAUGGAUAUGCUGAUUUCCAUAGAAAACUCGUCAAUGUGGUUCAGCAAGAAACUCCUGUUAACGUCAAAAUAUUGCUACCUGAGGUUCGCGAAUGCAGCUAUACAAAGUCUUCAUAG